UAAGGCAAAGGUAAAGUGGCUUCUGACGUAACGGGCUUAGAAGAGGAGGAGGCGCUGGAGAGGAGGAGGACCGUGCGUUGGCGAUACUGCAAAGGGAGAGCUCUUUCGCGUGUCGCCCCUUUACAGAUAUCGCGAAGACCCGAAGAGAGAGCGUGGCUACCUCCAGUCAACAACAACCCCCGCCCCCUUCACUCUCUGCACAGACAUGUCUUCUCACACAUCCCGCUGCCAGUGAACGUCACGAUCCUGAAACUGCCAGCAUGACUUCGUACCUCCAGAUUGCAGACGAUGAAAAGGGGCAUGAAUUGGAUCUAUUCUGUGUGCCAAGACAUUAUGAGAACGAUUUGGAUAAAGUUAUCAUCCCCCAUGGACUCAUAAUGGACAGGACUGAGCGCUUGGCCCGUGACAUAAUCCAAGACAUGGGAGGACACCACAUCGUUGCCUUAUGCGUUCUAAAGGGAGGCUACAAGUUCUUUGCAGAUCUCUUGGACUACAUAAAAGCCCUGAACCAGAACAGCGAUAAAUCAGUGCCGCUGACAGUGGAUUUCAUUAGAGUAAAAAGCUACUGUAAUGACAAAUCUACCAACAACGUCAAAGUUAUCGGUGGGGAUGAGCUGUCCAAACUUGCUGGCAAGAAUGUUUUAAUUGUAGAGGACAUUGUAGAGACUGGGCGAACCAUGCAGACGCUACUGUCCCUGCUUAAUGAAUGCAAUCCCAAAAUGGUUAAAGUUGCAAGUCUCCUGGUGAAGAGGACCCCGAGGAGUUCAGGAUACAGACCAGAUUAUAUUGGCUUUGAGGUGCCUGAUGCCUUUCUCGUGGGAUAUGCUCUGGACUACAACGAGUACUUUAGAGAUCUUAGUCACAUCUGCAUACUAAAUGAACAGGCACGGGAGAAGUACCGAGUGUGACUUGGAAGACUGAAAUGAUGGACCCACAUGGAAUCACUGUGAUGAAUCUACCUUAUGUUUGCUGUGUUUUCAAUUGUAUUUAUUUUUUUAUGUGGCGUGUAAAUAAUAUAAGAACAUUUCUGUACCUCUAUAUUUAAAUAUUGAAAUAAUUGAAUGUUCUGAACAUAUGCAGAGUUUAGUGCAUAUUUAUAUCUUAUUGCUAUGAUAAUGUUAUUUUUAGUUUCAGUGGAUUUAUUAUUUAUAAGGCUAUAGUUUAUCAGUCAGGGUAAUCCAUAGUUUUUCACUUGGCAUUAUGCCGUAAAAUGACUCUGAAUGUACUGUAUUUUAUUUAUUUAUUUAAUAUUCUUAUUUCCAAAGAGAACCUGUUAAAAAGCAAUACAAUUUCUGUUUAAACCAAA